CCUCGUUGCCAUGCCGACAGAGACACUGCCACAAGACCUGCCAGAUAGCAAGGCUGCUGGCCCCGCGACGGCCUUUAAUUCUGCUGUACCCCUCCGUAUACUCAACAAGGGGCCUGACUACUUCAGAAGACAGGUGGAACCUAACCCAAAGCGCCUAAGUGCUGUUGAGAGACUAGAAGCUGACAAAGCCAAGUACGUCAAGAGCCAGGAAGUUAUCAAUGCCAAGCAAGAGCCUAUCAAACCACCCGUGCUGCCAAAGCCUACUGUCUGUCACCCACUGCUGUCAAAGAGAGGCUCCGGGAUUGGUGGAGGAGGAAAUGGAGGCGGGAUACCUUUCAAAGCAUCGAAUAACAAUGCGAAGUCAGACACAUGUGCAACAAGCAGUGGCGGCAGUAAACGGGAGAAUUUAAACCUGGAGAUACUCAAAAAUCUCCUAAAUUCAUCGUCCUCUUCAGGCAGUGGACCUGAAGGACUAGGAGGUGGAGCUAAGAGUGCUGUACUGAUGAGGUCAUCGGGGGAAAUGGCCAAGAGUUGGAUGCCAUCAGGGAUCCCAUUAACAUACCGAUCUACAAUGACACUUAAUGAGCGACCUCCAGACUCAGGUCCCAGUCCAAGCACCUCACACUCUCUCCGCUCCUUCUCCCAUUCACUGAAGGUCCCCCCGAUCAACAGUGGGGGACGUCAUAGUCCACAACCAGGAGGAAACCUCAACCUCAGCAGACGAGUCCUGGAUGAAAGAGGAGGCAAGGGAGUCGUUGAUCGCUCUCGUUCUCCACUACCGCCUCUGCUCACCUCCCACUCCUCCUCUGACCUCUUGCGACUGUGCAAUGGCAAGCCACUCCGCACUGCCCGAUCCAGCAGCUCCUCUGCUCCUCCCCUCCCUCCAAAACCUAACCCUGCAUCCCUUCCUCCUCCCACACUUUCCUUGUCAUUGCGUCCCCCUCAACCUAAUCCAUCUGUAGAGCUUGGCUCAUCUGUAGCUUGUCGCUCCUCACUACACAGAUCUAAAUCAGACCUGUCAGACCGGUAUGCCCGGGCUGGAGCUGACGUGGAACGCUUUUUUAACUACUGUGGCCUCGACCCAGAGGAGCUAGAGGCAGUUGGUCCAGAGAAUUUUGCACGAGCCAAUUCAGACAUUGUCAGCCUGAACUUCCGAUCAGCUUCUAUGAUCUCCUCCGAAUGCGACCGCUCACGGCAAUCCUCCAAUGAUGGGUUGUCAGACGGGGAUGAGGGUGGGGACGAGGAGGAGGAGGCUGGGGAGCGUGUUCCGUAUGGAAUCUCAGCUGUGGAACGAAAUGCAAGAGUCAUUAAGUGGCUUUACAGUAUCAAACAGGCAAGAGAGACACAAAAAGUGUCACAUGUUUAGGACAAGCACUACAGAAAAACUGCCCUGUGUUUCAGAAUGGAUAGAUGGAUUAUUGAAUAGAUCAAAUAGAAAGUCUGGCAGGUAUAUCGUAACUAGGUGAGGAAAUAAAUGAAUAGAUUAAGAAACAGACUCUUACCAUCCAAGAUUAACACCAAGGAAAUGUAGGGACAUGAAUGGAUGGAUAGGAUCAUAAUCAUAUAUUCAAACAAAUAAACAAAGGACGUAUAAAUAAGUAAACAGUUUCCCUAUGGAUACAGUUUAAACCGACAGACAUAAGUCCUAGGACCCAUAAAACCACAUCUUCACUUUAAUGGAUUACAGGCCUUUCUCUCACAGAGUAAAUUUUUGCUGGUCAGAGAGGGGUAGAGGGGUGUAGAGCGGUCAUUUUCUAACAGAGGGUUGGCACUGCGAUCUCAGCUUUCCCCAUUCCGCAUGCCAAAGUGUCCUUGGGCAAGAUACUGAGCCCCAAAACUGCCCCUUUUCAUAGAGAAAGUGUUGCAAUAGAUGCCCUGUAUGAAUGUUUGUGUGAAUGGGUAAAUGACAAAAACUGUACUGUAAUGCGCAAAAAUAGUAAAGCGCAAUAUAAAUACAGACUAUUUAAUUUUAGUUGCAGGC